UCCUAAGGAUCCCGAAUAGCACUAACCUGAAAGUCAACCUACUCCAUUCUGCCAUAGCAACGUGAUUAUUUUCAGUCGUAUGUUCUCUUCAUUGUAAUUAUUAUUAUUAUUAUUAUUAUAUGUUUUUUACUUAUUCAUACAUGAACUGCACAUCGUGUGGAGGCGUCUUUUCAGUUCAAUUACAAACGAUAGAGGCUGGCAAGAUAAUUUCAACGCUAACACAUUGAACGUAGCUAGCUAAGCUAACUAGCCGCUUUGACAGGACGUUACACCAUGGAGCCCGAAGCACAAAUACGAAACCUACGGGACUUUCUGAUGGUCUACAACCGUAUGACAGAGAUCUGUUUCCAGAGAUGCACCAGUAACUUCAACUACAGAAGUCUCACCAUGGACGAGGAGCGCUGUGCAGACAGCUGUGCCGGGAAGUUGAUCCGCUCUAACCACCGUCUGAUGGGGACCUAUGUCAACCUGAUGCCUGGGAUGGUGCAACGCCGCAUGGCUGAGAUGGAGAAGAAGAACGCUGAGCUGGUCACAGCAGAGGCUGAGGCUGUAGGUGCGCUGGAGGGGACGACUAACUUGGCUGAUCGAGGUCUACCUAUAGUCUCGACCGGGGGUAAAACCUCCGCUUCUGCCUUGGGGACAGGUGAGGCUGUGAUGGCUUCAGAGGUAUCAGUGAUGGCUGCAUCGGUCUUAAAGCCUGCUGUUUUAGAUUUCUCUGCAGAUCUGGGUCCAGCUGCCUCACCCGCCACUCCAGAACCAGAACCACUGGUGCUUUCCUCUCUCUCCCAGGCUGUGAGUGGAGUAGGGCUCACCAGGCUGACUUCAGGCCCAGUUUUAGAGUCGUCCCCUGUUAAAUGUGAUCAAUCCACGGUCACUGCUUCUCCUAGUGCAGCACCAAGUGGUCCCCACCAUAGUAGAUAACCAGGCACCAGGAAUGUUAGUUCCGCCCACAUUUACACAUCUGGUGCCUGAAGAGGCGACACCAGCGCCUACAGUAGAGGUUCCUAUGGUAACACAGAGAUCCACCCCCAGCCCUAACCCCACCCCUAGUCUACCCCCAGCCCUAACCCCGCCCCUAGCCCCACCCCCAGCCCUAACCCCAGCCAUAACCCCACCCCCAGCC